UUUACUUAACAAUCCAAUGCUUGAAAUCAUUAUUUUUGCUUACAAAUGGCUCAUUUAAUUUAAGUAUAAAUUCCUACCUUCAGUUCAGCACACUUAUUUGAACGAUUGUAUAUGGAGGUCAAAAUUGAAGAACACUUCACCAAUAACGACGGGUCAACUUCUCUCUACGUGACGCAGGGAAGUCUCUUAGAUGAUUUUUCAGCUUUCCUUCUUAUACGAGACGCGCCAUUCAAACCCAAAAUUGACUCUUGUUUGAUGGUAUUUCACGAGAGUGGAUUACUUACGAAAUGGAAGACAGAAGUUAUGGAUGAAAUUCGUCAAGAAAAUCAAGAACGGCGGAAAACAAAUAUACUACAAGAGUACGAGAAAGAGACCACGGACGAAACUAAUGUUGUUUCUCUCACACUCUUGCACAUGCAAGGACCACUUGUUCUUUACCUUCUCACCACCACUGCCUCUUUCUUAGCAUUUAUCAGUGAAAUUUUGAUCGGUGCUUAUCAUCACCGCAACUUGAAUAUGUCAAGGCAACCACCGUCUUUGCAAUAAUCUGGACCUGUACUGUAUUAUUCUAUUGACUUUAAAUAAUGAUCACGCUCAUUAAGCUCACUAGGUGAAAAAUAUAAGCAUAAUAAACAAUUUAACAAUCUUGAAAACUUGUAGUAUGUACAUAACUGAAGCCUACAAAAUUGUCAAGAUUAAUGUAAAUACAUACUGUCGAC